AUGAUUCACCAUCUCGAUCGCAACGAAAGUUCGUGUUUCACUUCGGAAGGUGGAAUCACUUGUUUCGACUUCUGUGAAAAACUCAACUGUUUGGUUACUGGCUGCAUAGAUAAUUCAGUGAAAGUAUGGAAUCCUUCAGAAAAAACUUCAUGCAACGAAAUCCUUACAGGCCAUUUUAACUCCGUAACGCAUGCCUUGGUAGCCGAGAAACAUGACUGCAUCAUUUCUGCCGAUCGGGACAAAACGGUUAGGGUGUGGAGCUUGCUUCGAUCCGAGUGCCUGCAAGUCAUCAAGUUCAAAGAGGCCGAUUUCGCUGGAAAGCAAAUAUUCGCUACUCUAUACCUGGAUAAAGAGUAUGACAAAUUGAUUAUAACCACCAAUCGGAUAGCGGUGCUUAAUGCUCGUAGUGCUGAUCUUCGAAAGGCGGCACAUCCAGACAGCGAACUUAUAAUAUACACUGCCUACAACAGCGUCUUCGAUUGCUUCAUUACCGUUGGAAAUAAAGCAUCCAUCGCCAUUUGGAACGCUCAGUCCUUCUUACUGGUUCACGAGUUUGCUGAAGCCCAUGUCGCCUUUACCAGGAUUGGAAUUCCUCAAGUUGUAGAUGUUUCUGUUGCCGCUCUUGACCCGACAGAGCGACGUUUGGUCACAGCAGAUCGCAACGGCAUCGUUAAAGUAUGGAACUUCCAUCUUGGAAUCUGUUUAAAAGAGUUUCAAGCCAAAUUUUCCGUUAUGGCUCUAUCAGUUCUUGGCUAUGAAAUAUUUGCCGCCGGAUCCUCCGGAUUAAUAAAUAUGUUUUAUGAUGAUGGCGAAAGCAGAACUGGAGAUAUUGUGUGGAGAACUCUUCACGAGCAAGCGAUUGUGAGUAUCGACACCUACACCCGUGAUUUGCUGGCUUCUGCUUCAUGUGAUGGGGAAAUCAUUGUGUGGCUUUGGAAAAAUGAAGAUGCUAAACUGCGAAUGAGAGAUUGUAUUGCAGAUGGCACAGAAUCAUCGGAAGUAAGCAACGAUUACCCUGCCAAAACAUUAGUGGAUAAACGGAAGUACUCCGGCAUCAGUGAAAUCCUAUUUCUGAAAACUCGAGAGAUGGACGCUUCUGUGGGAAACCUUGUCUCUUGUGGAAUCGACGGCAGGAUCCGUUUCUGGAAUGUGAUCUGCACCAUUAAAGUAAAUAAAUGGAAACUUCUCUCCAAAUUCCGUGCUGUCUUCAGGAAAUGCGACGGAGUGCUUUGCAUGGAAACAGACAAGGAAAAUAAGUUUCUUCUCACAGGCGAUACAAUGGGUUACUUACGUAUCUACAAUUUGGAAGAUUAUUAUUCAUCGUAUGGAUCCGUACCAGCCAAUGCAAAAUUACCGGAGCCUCACCAUUAUGAAAAAUAUCCUUUCUUAAAACUUCAACAUCUGAUCCAGACAAAUCACAGUCAACAUUCGAAGAUCAGUUCCGAUGGAGGAGCCGAAGUGGGAUUCGCACCGCUUCUGCUCAAUUGUUUUCGAGCUCACAUGGGCCCACUUCUGAAAGUGGGAUUCUCUAACGAGAAAGAACUGGUGAUCACAGCAGCUAGACAAGGAUCUGUUCGCCUGUGGACACUGUCUGGAAUUUAUCUUGGAUUCUUAGGUUCAGAUGACGCAUACCCAUCAUCUAGAAUGAAGAUAAAACCACCUGAUAUCCAAGCUUCUGCAUCCACUACAACACUUCAUGUAUUAAAUGGUGGAAAAAAACCUUACUGGGAGAGCGCUAUCGAGGCUUUAAAACGAUGUCGGUUAGGCCAUUCUUCUCAACAGUCGACGGAGAAGCCUUUCGCUUGGAUAGAAAAGAAGAAGUUGCAGUCUAAGGAGUUCUCAGAAGAAUUUACACUCCAUCAUGAACUAGAGAAGAGACUACCUCGAUAUCCUGGAAAGUCUACUCCAAAACUGCGUCUACAUGACUUGCGACGCGAUGAUAUUGCCAGAAUAUAA